UUAGUUGGAAGUCAAAGUCAAAAUCCCACCAAGGCAAAUAAAAAUUUAGUAAACCAAAACUGCCAACCAACCCCAAAAGCCAAAAGCCCUUUGGAAAUUCCCCCACCACCAAGUCCAAACUAAACCGAGUCAUUUUUUUUUGUUGUGAUUCCUUUUUAUGGAUUGUUGAUACAAAGGGUUAAGGAAAAAGGGAAAUUUAUACCAAUUUCCCCCAAAAGCCCUGUCACCUUCCAAAUCUACAGAUCAAGGCUUCAACUUUCUGACACCCUUUUCCAUCUUCAAACCUUAAUCAACAUCAUCAAUACGAGGAUAAUAAUAGUGGGUUUUUAAUGCACCAGGAGUUAUCAAAGUGCUAAAUUUCCCAGCAUAUCUAUCUAAGGUUUGGGACAUUGCCAAUUACGUCUUUUGCCAAUUACGUCUUUGAUGUUCACAUAUUAUGGUGUCAGUAUUCCUUAGUAGGCAUUUGAUUUUUGGAAUUUGUGACUUGGGCUCGGUUACGUAGAUGGUGUAGAUAGGAAGCUAGGCAUUUUUAUAUUGUAAUUGACUUUUAUUUUGAUGAAUUAUUUGUUGCUCAGUUGUGUGGGUAAGACUAUGUAAGACAUGGUAUCAGCUACAAUUAGGCGAAUUGUUUCACCCUGUUGGAGACCAUUUGAUGAUGAUAGUGGAAGUUCUAGUAGGAACGGGGAUGCAAGUGGACGUUUUGAUGGUUUGUUGUGGUAUAAAGAUUCAGGAAGACACGCGAGUGGUGAAUUCUCAAUGGCGGUUGUUCAAGCAAACAAUUUGUUGGAGGAUCACAGCCAACUUGAAUCAGGUCCCAUGAGCUCACAUGUAGGAAGUCCUCAAGGAACUUUUGUUGGUGUAUAUGAUGGGCAUGGAGGUCCAGAAGCCUCUCGGUUUAUCAAUGACCGUCUAUAUAAAAAUAUCAAGAAAUUCACUUCAGAAAAUCAGGGAAUGUCAUCUGAUGUUAUCAAUAAAGCAUUCAUGGCAACAGAAGAAGAAUUUCUUUCUCUGGUAAAGAAGCAGUGGCUACUCAAGCCACAGUUAGCAUCGGUUGGAUCUUGCUGUUUGGUAGGCAUAAUAUAUAGUGGGGAGCUCUAUGUUGCAAAUUCAGGAGAUUCUCGUGCAGUUUUAGGUAGAAUGGAUGAGGCUACAAAAGAGAUUAAAGCAGUUCAAUUAUCCUAUGAGCACAAUGCUAGCUUUGAAUCUGUCAGAGACGAGUUACGCUCAUUGCACCCUCAUGAUCCGCAGAUUGUUGUGAUGAAACACAAGGUCUGGCGUGUGAAGGGUCUGAUUCAGGUUUCAAGAUCCCUUGGUGACGCCUAUCUAAAGAAGGCGGAGUUUAACAAAGAACCACUACUGUCAAAAUUUCGACUCCCAGAACCGUUUGAACAGCCAAUCCUUAAGGCUGAACCAACAGUCCUAGUGCAUAAACUCCAUCCUCAAGAUCAAUUUCUUAUAUUUGCAUCCGAUGGAUUAUGGGAGCACAUGAGCAAUCAAGAAGCAGUUGAUCUUGUCCAGAGCUGUCCACGUAAUGGAGUAGCCAAGAAACUUGUCAAAGCUGCAAUUUGUGAAGCUGCGAAGAAAAGAGAAAUGAGAUACUCAGACUUGCAAAAGAUUGAACGUGGGGUGAGGAGACAUUUCCAUGAUGACAUCACGGUUAUAGUUUUGUAUCUCGAUUCACAUCUAAUUAGCCAUUGUAAUUCACGUUGUCCCACCAUUUCUAUCAAAGGAGGUGGUGAUUUUGGUUUGAAUACUUAGUGCAUAUUUGGAAAUUCUUGUACAAUUGAUUCUAAAGGAAAAAUUAAUUCUGGCAGAAGCUUCUGUAAGUAGCUUAUGAGUGUCAGAAUUAAUUUUGAGGAAAGAAAAGUUGAUACAAACAUGUUAUUAGUUGGAAUGGAGAGAAUUUUUCCACUUGAA